CUUAUGGUAGGUACAUAAUCUUGCGUGUGGCGUUGUUACAAUCAGUAACUUUCUGGCCUAGUAUAAAAAUGACGUGCAUGUUAUAUUGUAUUCUAGUUUUGGGAAUAUUGAAUAAAGUGUACAGUGUAACACCACAAUGUAGGACAAUCGAUGUGAAAACAUUAAUGGAAGGUUGCGAUCGUUUAGUGGGACUAAAUAUUACGAGCAUAGGGGGCACUAUGGUUAAUGACCAUAAUUGCGAUGUGCUGUUGCCUAAGCAAGUCUUUUUGGAAGAACCACUCUUCCAAUAUCCUCUAGCUGACUCGAAAAAGUUUUAUACUAUUCUCAUGGUCGACCCUGAUGCUCCACCGAAGAUAGAAGGCGAAUUUUUUUUGCACAUGUUAAAGUCCAAUAUACCAGGUUUAGCGCUGAAGUCUUUAGAAGGCAGUAAAACGACAGGUAUUGAUUACAGAGGUUACAAGCCUCCAGCGCCACCUCGCGGCACGGGUAUACACCGCUACAUGAGCUUGCUGUACGAGCAAACAGAGGGAAACAAUUUUUUGCCCAACGUGCCUUCUUCCCGCGGUAGGUUCCAACUAGCAAACUGGUUCCGAGGCAAGAGCCUCUGCGGCCCAGUCGCGGCCACACAAUUCCGAGUACAAUUCUAGAUGGCGUUAGUGGUCUUUUAUGGAGAUGAAAUUUAAUGUACAAGAUCAAAAUAAUAAAAUAUUAAUAAAAACAUCAACUAAAUAUUAUUUUUAUUAAUUUA